GAGAGAGAGAGAGUACUCUUUCAGCUCUUUAUGUUUUCCCUCAGCCUUUCCAGUUUGUGGAGAGAUCCCUGCCAGACAAUCGUAUCAGCUGAGACUGAUUAUCCUGUACUGGAAAACCAUCAUUCAUCACACACACACGCGCACACACAAGAGUACUGGCUCCUCAGUUAGGACUCAGUGGGUGCGAGUUUUCUGAUGAGUGCCCACACACACAUGAAGACGGACGUGGUUCUGCAGAGUUCUGCUUUUAGCUUCUGAGAUGUGCGAGUCUAUGGCACGAGGUACCAGCUGCUUUUUAACACCGUGACCACAAGCCACUUUUGUGGGGGUUUUUUUCUUUUUUGGGUUUGCUGCUGUUCUGCUAAGCAUCUGAUCCCCAUUUUGAGAAACCAAAAAAACACGUGUGAUGCAAAUUUGAAUUGUACUGAACUGAAAAUAGAAGAUCAACACAAUAUUUGCAGCCAAGUUUUACACUAUUAUCCACUCUUUGACAUCACAGACAGACUAGAACAAAACUUCUGACACCUAGAGAAGGCAUUCACUUGUCAAUCGAAGAGAGAGAAAGGGUCAGUGAGUAGUAAGACGUUGGUCCUCACUAGGUCCUAAACAUACAAAGUUACCUCUUGGAUUCACACCACAUUAGACACAGGCACAAAGCUCUUGACUGGUGGGCACACACACACACACACACACACACACACACACACACACACACAAAAAGUCAGAAACAGUCCACAGCGCCCCCUGCAGGCUCACGUCACCAUGUCUCGUUUGGGGAGGAAAGGCGGGAAGAACCAGAAGGUCCAGACUCCGGAGGUGAUCCGGACGGUCACAGAGGGGUUGAAGUCUCUGUACCGGCAGAAGCUGCUUCCCUUAGAGCAGCUUUAUGGGUUUCAUGACUUCCACUCCCCCAGUCUCGAAGACGCCGACUUCGACAACAAGCCCAUGGUGCUCGUGGUGGGCCAGUACUCCACAGGGAAGACCACCUUCAUCAGCUACCUCCUCGAGCAGGACAUCCCAGGGAGUCGUGUGGGUCCAGAGCCCACCACGGACAACUUUACCGCCAUAAUGCACGGCGAGGUGGAGGGUCUGAUCCCCGGGAACGCCCUCAUCGUGGACCCCAACAAGCCCUUCCGCAAACUCAACCCCUUCGGAAACACCUUCCUCAACAGGUUCCAGUGUGCCCAGAUGACCAAUCAGGUGCUAGAGAGCAUCAGCAUCAUCGACACCCCUGGAAUCCUGUCGGGGGCCAAACAGACCGUAAGCAGAGGCUAUGACUUCCCGGCCGUGCUUCGCUGGUUCGCGGAGCGGGUCGACCGCAUCAUCCUGCUCUUCGACGCCCACAAGCUGGAGAUCUCGGACGAGUUCGCGGAGGCCAUCGGGGCUCUCCGCGGGAACGAGGACAAGCUGCGGGUGGUGCUGAACAAGGCCGACAUGGUGGGCACCCAGCAGCUGAUGAGGGUCUACGGCGCCCUCAUGUGGUCGCUGGGGAAGGUGUUCGGCACGCCCGAGGUGCUGCGUGUCUACAUCGGCUCCUUCUGGUCCGAGCCGCUCAUGAUCACCGAUAACCGCCGGCUGUUUGAGCUGGAGGAGGAGGACCUGUUCACUGACAUCCAGAACCUUCCGCGCAACGCUGCCCUGCGCAAGCUCAACGACCUGGUGAAGAGGGCGCGCCUCGUUAGGGUUCAUGCCCACAUCAUCAGUUACCUGAAGCAGGAGAUGCCCUCAGUCUUCCGGAAGGACAACAAGAAGAAGAACCUGAUCCACCAGCUGCCGGUCAUCUUCUCCAAGAUCCAGCUCCAGCACCACAUCUCCGCGGGAGACUUUCCCGACUGUGGCAAGAUGCAGGAGAAGCUGAUGGUCCACGACUUCACCAAGUUCAAGGCCCUGAAGCCGGGGCUGAUGGUGGCGCUGGACCAGCUCCUGACGGCCGACAUCGCCAAGCUGAUGCCCCUGCUGAAGCAGGAGGAGCUGGAGGCCGGGGUACAGCAGGGGGUGCAGGGCGGGGCCUUCCUGGGCACCCGGGGCGGGCCCUUCCUGGAGGGGGACCCCUUCGCCCAGGCAGAGGAGAACGGGGAGGAGGGCGGGGGCGGGGAGGAGGAUGACGAAGACGGGGCCUGGGUGGUGACCAAGUACAAGCCCAAGUACGAUGAGAUCUUCUACAACCUGUCGCCCAACGAGGGCAAGCUCAGCGGCACCAAGGCCAAGGACUGGAUGGUGGGCACCAAGCUGCCCAACUCGGUGCUGGGGCGGAUCUGGAAGCUGUCGGACGUGGACCGGGACGGGAUGCUGGACGACGAGGAGUUCGCCCUGGCCAGCCACCUGAUCGAGGUGAAGCUGGACGGGCACGGGCUGCCCCCGGAGCUGCCCGCCCGCCUCAUCCCCCCCUCCAAACGCCGGCACAAGGGCUCCGAUGCCUAGAGACCCCCCUUGGCCUCCCCAGCCACCUCCCCCCCCCCGCCCCAAGCCCCCUUCUCCCUUGGGUGGGGGGACGUGCACUGAGCCCCCUUCACGCUGUGCAUUCCCAGCUAACACAAAAAAAACAUUAUUGCAGCAUUUUUACAAUGUCAGUAAGGUUGUGUAAGGUUGUAGCGAACAACGUGACAUGCUUUAAACUUUCUUUAGGUUGUGCAAUGUUAUGGAAGCAUGAUCAUGUGCUUUUUAUUCGGUCGCACAUGUCAUUUGAAAUGUUUUUCUGCGUGAUUCAUGCUAACAGUAUUCACAUCAGAGCUGAAACUUUUGCCUGGGUGUGGUAAAAAAAAAACGAAAGAAGCACUGCUACAAUAUUGUUCCUCGCCAAAAACUUACACAGCCUUACUUCACUGUGACUUUGUAAAACAUUCAAAUAGUUGUGCUCACUUGGAGCUUAUUUCCUGUACUGUGGAAUCUUGUUCAGCUGUCUGUCUGUGCCACCCUGUCGGUUUGUCUGUCUGUUUUUUUGUGUGUUUUCCUUGGCACGUUGUCCAGAAGAAGGGCACCACAGAUUCCAUGGACACAUGCCUUUCCCUCCUAAGCACUUAGCAUUCCUGUGCGGUUCCUCUUGUCCCCUGUCUGCGUAGACCAGGGGGGCACAACAAGGGCUGGUCUAUUUCGGGAUUUGAUCCCAUCUUGGUUGUUGAAUUGUUGAAUUAGCCCAUCAUUUCUGUGGUCUACCAUUUCUACUGACGCUGUGAGCUACUGACACAGACUGUAGCCGUGUGCUUGGUCCAAGCAUUUUACUGUAAUCCUUUACAGGAUUGAACAGUCAGUGGUGUAUGCAGACAUUUAUUAAAAUCAUUUUGGGGAAAUUGCUGGAGCAAAACCAGGAUACACACCCGGCGUACGGGAAUAGAGGUGUGUCGCCUUGGCAUAGGGCAGCAUCAACACGUACUCGCAUAUGAACUCCACAUAUAACAACCAACUGCUCCACAUGACACCAGCUCCAUUACGAAUCCCUCCAAAGAGCUGGCUGGCUUUGCUGCAGUGUGGGUCUAUUUCUGAUUUCAAUCUUGCCUCGUAUUGAGUUUACAUUUUAGCUACAUUUAUUAACAAUCCGAUGUGAAAUGUGUUACUGCGGUCUAAUCGACAGGUGAAACGGCAUCGGUGAGUUGAGCUAAUUUGCUAGUUGAGCCAGGGGCAACUGGAAACGCAAAUCAGUGUCUGCACAGAGCUCCAGAAAUGGAAGUGCCCACCUCAGUGAUUGGGUCUGUUCUGAGAGACAGGCAGUGCCGUCCAAUCCCCAAAGAAAUCGGGCGGGCAAUAAUGUGAAUUCCCGCUAUGCUGGUGCUCUGGCGGUCUCUAGCUCCGAGCAGCCUUGUUUUUUCUGGAUAUUGUUUUUUUGCCCCUGUGGGCCUCCCCUUGUGAAAAUGCACCUGUAUGAACAGGUUGCAGAAUGUGACAGGUGUGUGCCUGAAGUUCACAAAUCACCCUGGCCAAGGACAUCUGCUCAGAAAAUAUGUAGCCCUGUGUACGUGUGUAGAUGACCCGCAUUGGGUGCGGCUUACUUUACCACUGGUAAUUGUAGCUGUUGUGUUAGUCUCAGGACCAUGGUGAGACCCCUCACCUGGCUCCUGUGGCCUGGUUGCCUGGUAACCAAUCUGGACAUCCAAUUAGACAGGUUCCACAAACUCUUCCUGCUUGAUCGCUCAAAGAAUAUACAGGUAUGUAACUAUAGACUCUUUUCCCCUUUUUAUUAUGUUUUUAUUCUGAGUAACUAUUCUCCAUGUACUCCAAAAGAUUGUUUUACGGAACCUAAGUGACUUUCCUGGACAGGAAUGUUUCAGUUUGGACACUUCAGGAGAUAACAUAACAUAACAAUUCUCAUAUUGUUACUGACUACUGUAUAAAGCCUCAUGAUUUGUGUGCUCACUACCAUUAAUACUCAAUAAAGUUCUUA